CUGAUCCCACUUUUUCUUAAUAUUUUUCAGCCUCCCUCUUCUUCCUCUAGUCAGCCUGGCACGCCCUCAAAGGUGUACCGAACAGCCAGAACUGUCAACUUCGUCAACUGCCCUGGUACCGCCGCCUCAUCUGCCCAAUCUGACACACUCAAUGCUUCAGCCCCUGCCAGUGGCUGCCUCGCUGUCGCAUUCGUAGACUCUGGCGAUUGGGAGGAGAAAGCAGAGGUGGCACUUGAAGCUGAUGCUCAGGCUGAGGUGAACGAAGACAGCGGAGAGGAGAAAAACGAGCGGAUAAGCGAGAUAAAGUGGUCCAGAGUGAAGAUCGAAGAGAAGAGGAAUAGAGCUGAUGGAAGAGCUUCCUGGUUAUCAAGACCGACUGGUGACCCAGAUUCCCAUUCUGUUGGCGUCCCUCACGCAGCCCAUUCGCAGGAACAGUUGCCUGCUCGCCUAGUGAGACCUCGUCGGCCCGACAUGCUUCCAACCGGUACCGGCUCUCUAUUUGCAAAUCCGUCACCCGGCAGCCGGGCCGUCUCAGCAAGAUGGGGCUCGAGUCCCGUCCGAGCGAGCCUGAGAAAGACUCAGUCUGAUCGAGAACCCAUUUGUAGCGGAUCGCCAGAUUUCUUGCUAAAUGAGAUAAAUGGUGCUGGCGCAAAUUUUCACAACAGUUCCCUACCCGCAGGCGAGUCUUCGAAGCUCGGCACUGAAGUCUCGUCUCUUUACAGUCAGGUUGAUUCAGGUAUGCAAUUCAGAUAA